AUGGACCCUGCUGCACUGGCAAGUCUUACUAUUUACAAUCUUCCGCCAUCGCCACCAAACUUCGACAGCUUAGGUAUCUUCUACCUCACCUUCUGCGCAACAUGGACAGCGCUUGUCAUUGCGGGUAUGGUCUUCUGCUGGGUGAAUCGUCGAAGCCCAAUUCUCAGGCUCCGCGGUCUGCCCCUGUCAUUCGCAGCCAUCAUUUGCCUCCACCUAUACUGGAUUCUCGCCCAGAUCACGUAUCCGAUUGGGGGAACUAUGCCGGUGGUUCUGGCGUAUGACGUUCAGUACGUCGUCAUGGGGACGUGGUUUCCGCUCGGCAUUGCUUUGUUCCAUGCUUCCAACAGCCGGUUUCUCCACGUCGCAAAGCUUCAGAAACUACACUUCACUGGAACUGGGGAAGGAAGCAGACGAGGCAGGGCUGGCUGCGAUGGUUCACGAACUUCUUGGCUCUGUCGGCUGAGAAACGCUAGUUAUACGAAGAGAAUUAUGGUUCCGAUUGGUAUUUGCAUGAUCGUUCAAGUGCUUCUCACUAUCGCCAUGUGGGUUUCCUGCAAGAAGUAUCAUCCUACUUUCGGUAUCCCGGGAACGGAAAUCCGAGGAUCAAAUAUUAUGGAGCAGAUGGAAGACUUGGGAAGAGGGUGGGAGUGGUGGCCAACGGUGCUGUGGCAAUUUGUUUGGGCUUGGAUCGUCGCUCCGACUAUGCUCUGGAAAGCAUGGUCCAUCCGUGACACAAUGGGAUGGCGAACGCAAACCGUUGGCUGCUGUCUAGCAAGUCUUCAUGCCACGCCGAUGUUUCUUGCUGCAUCAUACGCACCCGCUUUUGCCAAAAUCAACCCCUAUUUUCCACCAAGCCAAUGGCUUCACCUUUCAUCGAUGGCCUUCGAAAUCUUCGCCAUUUUUGUCCCAGCAAUCCAAGUCAUACGACUUCGAAUGCUCAGCAAACACACAGUAGAGUCGAACGCCAAAUGGGAUACUUCAAGCCAGGCAAGCACCGUCAGACCUACAUCCACUGCUUUCUCGAACUACGGAAAGUGCAAACGUGUGACCUCGGCCAGUCUGCUGGAAAAAGGUUUUCCUUCGGCCUACAAACUCGACUCGAGCGAGCUUGGCCCUGAACCGGACUGUCGCCUACUUACCAUGAGCGCUCUUGACUACGCUUUGCGCGAGAACCGAGGCUCAUUGCAGGAGUUCUCAGCUCUAAGCGACUUUUCAGGCGAGAACAUCGCCUUCAUCACUCGAGUGGUGGCAUGGAAGUCUUCUGCUUGGCCGGCGCGACCGGCAUCGCCCGAAAGCUUGUCAGUCAAUAACGAAACCAUGCUCAACGCAUACAACCGCGCCCUCGAUAUCUACGCCGACUUCAUCUCCCUGACGCUAGCCGAGUUUCCUCUCAACCUCCCAUCAACCGAGCUCAAGCAUCUCGAGGCUAUGUUUGAGAAAUCGGCUCGGAUUCUGUUCGGCGACGAAACUUCCAUCAACCCGAUCACGCCAUUCGACCAUACUCAUCAAGUUCGCGAUGGGUCAAGGACAGACAGCGAACCGGACAUUCGGCGUCAAGUCCGGUACACCGGUGAAAUCCCUGCCGGAUUUGAUGCGACGGCUUUCGACAGCGCCCAGAAACACAUCAAGUAUCUCGUAUUGACCAAUACUUGGCCCAAGUUUGUCAAGGAGAUGCAUCAAAGACGGCGGUCUAGUGAGACAGACCGAAGCGUUGUCACAGCAAACUCAGAAACGUCAAUACUGAGUAAAGUGUCAAGCACCUUUUCAGGUUUCAUUCGGUCUAUCUUCUAA